AUGGACGGGAGCUUUCUCUGUCCGGCGAAAUACACGGAGCACAGAAGCUCUACCCGGAAGUACACGGCGAAGCCGGCGUCGUUGAAGCGGAAGAAGGCGAAUAGCAACGGGUCCGGGUCUGUACCCGACCCGACGACACCGGAGCUGCUCCACCCGCCGAGGGUUGUCCGGAUAUCGGUGACCGACCCGGAUGCGACGGAUUCCUCCAGCGACGAGGAGGGGGAGUUCUUCGGGAGGCAGAGGGUGAAGAGGUACGUGAGCGAGAUCAACAUCGAGCCGGGGUUCAACGAGGUGAGAGCGGCGGUGGAGGUUGGGAAGCCGGCGAGGGAAGUACGGCCGCCGCCGGCGGCGGCGGCGGUGGCGGUUCAGGGAGGUGAGAGGAAGUUCAGAGGCGUGAGGAGGCGGCCGUGGGGUAAAUGGGCUGCGGAGAUUCGGGAUCCGGCGAAGAGGGUUCGGCUCUGGCUGGGGACUUACGAUACCGCGGAGGAGGCGGCGAUGGUUUAUGACAACGCCGCGAUUAAGCUCCGGGGACCCGACGCGCUGACGAAUUUCGUCAAUCCGGCUGUGAAGGUGGAAGAAGCAGAGGAGGAUAAACAUCAAUCCUCCGGUUACGACUCCGGUGAUGAGUCACACAACAACAACAUCGCAUCGCCUACCUCUGUUCUCCGAUUCAGAAGCCAAUCCGCUUCAGAGUCCUCCGAGCCGGAAAACAACAAGCCUAUUCCUCCGACGCCGAUUUCAAUCGAGCCGGAAGAGCCGAUGUCUCUGCUUCUCGCCGAGCCGGUGGGAGAAGACGAGGCGACAGCUGGACUCCAAUUCCUCCAGGAGUGCGAGGGCGAAAACAGCGGCGGCGGCAACCUCUACUCCUGCUCCGACGACUACUUCGACCAGUACCUCAUCUCGCCGGAGCUCUCGUUUUUAGAAGACUCUUCUUCGUCCUCGCCGUUUGUCGCCGACGAUUUCUUCAACUUCACCGCCUGCUGCUCCUCGCCCCCGACCAACGAAAUCGUCGCCAGCGGGACCGCGCUACUAAAACAGAGCUUCUCCGACGGUGGGUUCUGCGACGGCGACAUUUUCCUGCCGGACAUCACCCAAGACAUGAUUGUUGGAUCCGCCGCCGCGGCGGCGGCGUCCGCGUUCCAAGAGAACAAUGACGACGACUAUUUCCAAGACAUUGGUGACCUUUUCUUCUCGGAACCUCUCGUGUCCCUUUGA